AGGGUGCGUUCUUACGCAGACGUUGCGGCGGUGCGUGCGCGUGGGCGGAGUACCGUACCGUUCGGGUUCCGUUAGGCUGGGUGUCGGUGCUGGAGCAGUUCGCCGCAGGAGAUGGCUGACAAGAAGGUAAGGCUUGCGGGCGGUCUCCUCGUCGGAGCUGAUGUGGAGCUGAUGCAGAACUGGGGCCGUUGCCCGCAUGUGCCGGGCAGCUCGAUUCCCCGGAGUGCUGGGGGCUCUCGGCGGGUGUGAUGGGAUCUGGUCGCGGCUGGCGGCGGGUCGUGGUUCAUCGCCGCAGCGCCGCCUGCCGCCAUCGGGUUGUGAGCGAGGGGAGAUACAGUGGUGGGGCUGGCAGGCCGCGGUUCUCGGCUGGCGGCUCGGCGAGAGCUCUUGUCUAUCGUGGAAGGACGGGGUGCUUAUCUGGGAGGGUUUGGUGCAGGCCGUUGGGUUGAUCUGUUUUGGUGCGUGUGACCGGUUGUCCGCGUGAUGCCAUCCAUAUUUAAUUCGCUUCGAUCACGGCGUGUCUUCCGUUGGCUGGGUAGUGGUCAUCUGUCCCAGAGUUAAUGGCAGCGGAUUCGUGAUACUAAAAUGAAGAAAAUCACUGCAUCCCUUAUCUAUGCUGUUUCUGUUGCUGCCAUUGGAUCUCUCCAGUUUGGGUACAACACUGGUGUCAUUAAUGCUCCUGAGAAGAUCAUCCAGGCCUUCUACAACAGGACUUUAUCUCAGAGGAGUGGGGAGACUAUCUCCCCAGAGCUUCUUACCUCACUAUGGUCCCUUUCUGUGGCAAUCUUCUCAGUAGGAGGUAUGAUUGGCUCCUUCUCAGUCAGCCUUUUCGUCAAUCGAUUUGGCAGGAGAAACUCCAUGCUGUUGGUGAAUGUCUUGGCUUUUGCUGGGGGUGCUCUCAUGGCCUUAUCCAAGAUUGCAAAGGCAGUGGAGAUGCUGAUAAUUGGGCGCUUCAUUAUUGGCCUUUUCUGUGGUCUGUGCACUGGCUUUGUUCCCAUGUACAUCAGUGAGGUCUCACCCACCAGCCUUCGUGGAGCCUUUGGAACCCUCAACCAGCUGGGCAUAGUUGUAGGCAUCCUGGUGGCCCAGAUUUUUGGCCUCGAGGGGAUAAUGGGGACUGAAGCACUUUGGCCACUGCUGCUGGGGUUCACGAUUGUUCCAGCAGUUCUGCAGUGUGUGGCUCUUCUUUUCUGCCCUGAGAGCCCCCGUUUCCUGUUGAUCAACAAGAUGGAGGAAGAAAAAGCACAAACUGUUCUUCAAAAGCUCCGUGGUACACAGGAUGUAUCUCAAGACAUCUCAGAGAUGAAAGAAGAGAGUGCUAAAAUGUCUCAGGAAAAGAAAGCCACUGUACUAGAGCUAUUCCGCUCUCCAAACUAUCGUCAACCCAUUAUCAUUUCCAUCACACUGCAGCUCUCUCAGCAGCUCUCAGGCAUCAAUGCUGUAUUCUAUUAUUCUACAGGGAUUUUUGAAAGAGCUGGUAUCACACAGCCUGUGUAUGCCACCAUUGGAGCUGGUGUGGUAAACACGGUCUUCACUGUUGUGUCACUGUUCCUGGUAGAGCGUGCAGGGCGCAGGACCCUCCAUUUAGUUGGUUUGGGUGGCAUGGCUGUGUGUGCUGCUGUUAUGACUAUUGCUUUGGCUCUGAAGGAAAAGUGGAUCAGAUAUAUCAGCAUUGUUGCCACUUUUGGCUUUGUGGCCCUUUUUGAGAUUGGCCCUGGACCUAUCCCUUGGUUCAUUGUGGCAGAACUUUUCAGUCAAGGCCCACGGCCUGCAGCCAUGGCGGUGGCUGGUUGUUCUAACUGGACCUCUAAUUUCUUAGUGGGAAUGCUCUUCCCCUAUGCUGAGAAAUUAUGUGGCCCCUAUGUCUUCCUUAUCUUCCUUGUUUUCCUGCUCAUCUUCUUCAUAUUCACAUACUUCAAAGUGCCAGAGACCAAGGGCAGGACUUUUGAAGAUAUCUCCAGGGGCUUUGAAGAACAAGUAGAAACAAGCUCCCCAUCCUCACCACCUAUAGAGAAGAACCCCAUGGUGGAGAUGAACAGCAUAGAACCUGACAAAGAAGUUGCCUAAGAUUCAUGACACACCCUUUCUUUGACUCUUGCAUAUUCAUAGAGUCAUUAAAGGAAUGAGCAAAGAAAUGAUGAGAACUGGAACAAUUUAUUUCCCUAACUGCUGCUAUUUUCUUCUCUGUACCUACAUACUCCCCGUUCCCCUUAUUCUGCCAGGCUUACCAGUGUUAAGCAAAUCUGAUAUGGGUGAUCUCAUUUUUAAAUACUGGAAGGUACUUGGCACUCUAGCAAGAAUAAUCUCAUUCUUUGCCACAAACAUCAGGUGAAUACGGUAAUGUUGCUUUUCCCACCUGUAAUUGCUAUUUGGAAUUAACAUACUUAUGCAGUGACCGUAAUGUAAUUUAAAUACUAUUUUUGUAGUGAGUUAAAGUUGCCCACCAAAUAAGUCCCCUGCCCUUUGAGUCUACUCUGUGUGGGUGUAUGUGUGCGCAUGUAUGUGCAGUGUUACACUGGAAUUUAACAGGCCUACCAAAAAGCCAUCUCCUUGCUUUUUCCUUUCCAGUGUGCACUUCUUCAGCCUCAGGAAAAGGGGGACCAAGUUGCAUGCCUAUUUUUUUCUUUUUUUGUAUAGACAAACAGAACAUACUUUUACUUAAGUUUAUUUAUUUGUAUGUCACUUUGUAAAUAUUUAUUUUUUUAAUCGUGUACAAAAAUGUACAGAUAAUGAAGUUGGAGAUGUUUGACAAAUAGUUAUUCUAACAAGGUGCUGUAGACUUGAGGUGCAAUAAAACUGUAGAGAAGGAAUACUGUACCAAACAGUAAGUUGGGCGUUUUGGAUUGUAGAACAGAGCCAAUUGUGCACAUCACCUUUUAAAGUUAAUUUUGCCCCUUGAAAAGUAAUUCACAUAACUGAAUGCUGAUGAGAAGCAGUAUAUUUGUUCACCAAAAUUCCUAUGUCAUUCGGAUAUUUUUGCGUGUUGACUUUAAAUAUUGCUCUGAAGUAUUAUUUGGAAAGUGAUAUUGCAGCAAUGGGGUGUUACUACUUUAUAUUUUCAGUAACAGUUUUUAAGCAUUGUUCAAGAUGAUUGGGGGUAUUGACUGCAAACCAGCAAGUGACUUUUUUUUUUUUUGCUUUCUCUUGACUUUUUGGCCUCUCUGCUGUAUUCUAGUAGGCCAGAAAGUUUGAAGGUUGCAGGUAGUUACUUAAGGUGCAUGAGGCUAAAAGUUAUUUUCCAAAGCUACUUCACAAUUAUUUAUAAAUAUUGGAGGCAAAAUUGACCAUUUGUGUCUACAAGGGUCAUGCUAUGGCAUGUGUACAUACAUAGCGAUGCAGAAUUAGAGACUAGAGCUACUGGAAUAUCCUAGUUUAGCAGCUUGAAAAAUUCAGUCUACUAGUUAGUUGUAGACCAAAUGUUUUUGUCCUGUGUCCUCUCUGGAAGAAACAGUGCCCAGCAUUGUUUGUUGUUCUGUGCAGAGGUAAUACUACAGAUUUGCUAGACCCAACAUGGCAGACACAGGGAGCAUUAUGCAGGUAACUCUCCCUUCUUUCUCUCUACUAGGUGUGUAUAUACCCACAGUUAUUGAGCUAAGUGUAAGCAAUCGAUUCAGUUUAGGAAGGGGGAAAAGUGUGUGAUAUUCAGGGGACUGCUGCUUCCUCUGACUACAGUACUCUGAGUUUUGGCCUGUAAACUAGGAGAAGUAGUGGAGGGGAGUGGGUAGACUCAUUGUCUUAGGCCUGCAUUUUUUUGUCUUAAUCAAACUCAGGUCUACCUGCAGACUCACACCAGAGUUAAUUACUAGAUGUCUUAUAAAAGGUUUGCAGUGGGUUAGAAAGGUGAAAGGAAAAAGAGCCCCAAAUGGGAGAAAUGACAGGAAAAUUGGUAGUAGAAUGCAUAGCCCAAGUUUUCUUCAACUUGCUAUGUCGUCAGGAAUGUCCCUUUAAUUCUAGAGUUGUCUUUAGCAUUUUCUAUAACUAGUGAUGAGAUUUUAACCUUCCCUGAUGAAAAGGAGUUGGAGAAAUCAGUAAAAUUUGCCUCUCUGAAAUACUUACUGUGAUGUUGUACGAAGUACUUUGAUCUUUGCACACCGUAGUCCUAUUGCAUCCAGAUUUCCCCUGCUUUCCAUCAGGCUUCUCUAACAGAUAUUUAUUCCCAGAAGUAUUAUAAGACUACUCUCACUCCUGACUUUCAUAUUUUUUCCCAGUUUCUUUGCAGGAAGAUGUCCUCUGUAUGGACAUUGGCUAUUCUAGGAAAUUUCCCCCACAGCUGUGUAUUCCAUACUUUGCUUUACAGAAGUGUGUUGGCUUGGAUCAAAAUGUGCAGGUCUUUCUCAUGUGGUCUCUUGUUAUUCUGUAAUGGCAUUGUGGAUAUUUUCGAUGGGUUUUAUAAGCUUAUUGUGAUUUGUUUCAUCUUUUUAAAAUAAAGAUUACCCGUCUAAUA